AUAAAAAAAUAUAGAAAGAAAAGAAACGAACCAAGCUCGGCAUCUCCUUCCAUAGCACAGAAGCAAAAGCUAAGCUGAAUGAGAGCGAAGCCUUCGCUUCAAGCUCCUAUAUUUCAGAGACAUGGCUACACCACUUCUAGCUGGCCUUGCAGUAGCUACUGCUGCUCUUGCUGGUAGAUAUGGGAUCCAGGCCUGGCAAGCAUUCAAGGCACGUCCUCCAAAACCCAGAAUGCGCAAAUUCUAUGAAGGUGGUUUCCAGCCAACAAUGACGAAAAGGGAAGCGGCUCUUAUUCUUGAUAUUAGGGAGAAUGCAACUCCGGACAAGGUCAAAGAAGCACAUAGAAGAGUAAUGGUUGCAAACCAUCCUGAUGCAGGUGGGAGCCAUUACCUUGCUUCCAAAAUUAAUGAAGCUAAAGAUAUGAUGCUUGGAAAGGGGAAGGGUAGUGGCUCUGCAUUCUAAAAUUUGUGGGAAGUUUCAUGGAUGAUGGUUUUCUCAUACGUAAUGUUACAUUUUAAAACAAAACAAAAACUCAUGCUGAACCAUGACCUGUGUGCCUGUCCUGAAGUUGGAGAAUUGAAAUCUCGUAGCACUGCUGUUUGUCAUUC